AUGGUUAUCGACGCCUGGAACCAAAUCGCCCAUCCAGACUUUAUCAAAGGUGUUCCAGAAGUAUCUCGUCUUUUGCUUCAAUCAAAAAUGCCUUUAGCUUGUAAAAUAUGUUUAAGUGCCUGGUAUAGACCUGGAAAAGCAGUAAUCACUAAUGACAUGAUAAGCGAAUGGACACAAAAAUAUUCUGACAGGUUUAUUGGAAUUUCAGAUUCUAAUAAAUCAGAAUCGCCGUAUCGUAAAGAUUUUAUAAAUCCGAUUGUUGCAAAUGUGUUAUGGAUAUUAAUAUUAUUAGAGUGA